UAUGGUGGUAAAAAACUAGAAGAGUAAGAGAUAAAUAAAUCCAAUGAUCUCAAACUCAAUCCGCAUUCAUACGCACAUAAACGUACUAGCAUAACUAUGAGGAUUAUUGUUAUUUUGACUGUUAGUGUAGUGACCACUUUAGGAAAACAACUUCCGAAAUUCAUGCAAGACUUGAGAUGUCCGUUAACGCACGAUUUCAAACCAUGUUUUAUAGAAAAAGGAAAUGCAGCUAUACCUUUUUUAGCUAAGGGUGUACCAGAGUAUAAUAUUCCAAAAAUGGAUCCUGCAGAGAUAAAACAUGUCCAACUUGUUUCAACACCAUUAUUAUCCUUGAAUUUGACUGGUUUGAAAAUUUUCGGUUUGGAAAAAUUGAAAAUUGUUGAUAUAGAGGUGGAUUUGAAGAGGAGAAUGUUCAGAACUACUCUGAGUGGUGCAAAUAUAACUGUAGCUGGAAAAUACAGUGUCAAUGGACAAAUACUCGUUCUUCCAAUAAAAUCAAAAGGACAUUUCUCAGUUUAUUUGAAAAAUGGCAUUUAUAUAGCUACCAAAAUUGAUUAUAUUGUCGAGAGAAAUGGAGAGAAGUAUUACAAUCCUGUAUUUGAUCCAAUGGAUUAUCAUUUAGAAAAAGUUGUAUUCGAUAUAGAGAACUUAUUCGGAGGAAAUAAGGAACUAGGUGCAUCAGUGAAUGAAUUUUUGAAUAAUAACUGGGAUAUUCUAAUGAUCGAGUUUGGACCGGAAAUUGCUAAAAUUAUAUCGAAAAUCAUAACUGAUAUAUUCGAUAAUCUAGCUGCAGUUGUUCCUGUUAAAUAUGUAUUUUUAGAUGAUCCUGUAUUCAAAUUUAGAAAAUAAAUUAUUGAAGAAGUGUA